AUGAAACUGUAAGUUACUUUCUGUUUUGGUAUGUUUUAACUAGCGUACUUCUGGGUAAUAAAUGAGAAAAUAAACUCUUUUACUUCUAAAACAUUAGGUAUAAGAAUAGUACGCUAGUUAAAACAAAUUAAGUACGUUAUGAAUUCAAAAACGUCUAUAGAAGAAGCGUCUAAACCUUUGGAGUGAAGAAUGUGGAAAGAAACUAGAUGCUGGGCCGGGUAUUGAACAGUCAGAGGAUUAAAACGGAUCUGAAAUAAAGGAUGAAUCAGUUUGCAACUAGAUAUCUUCUUAUAUUAAGUUGAUUUAGACGUUUUUUCGUCUUUUCCGUCAGGUUUUGUCCAUAAAAACUGUCAUUUUUCGUCUUUUUUUUUCUCGGAUUACGUCCAAAAAGCUUGUCGUUUUACGAAUUGUUCAUAAAAAACCUCAUUUAGCUCAAUUUUUUCAAAAAGAUGUUGUCUAAAACAAUGUCAGGCUUUGUCAAUUUCCCUUCAAAUUUUAAAAACAAUAUCGCGGUUCUGCAAAUUAAUCGAAAUGAACAAGUUAUUGAAAAACUGAACCCGACCGAGGGGGUUUCCGUUUGUCAACAGGCUCAUGAACGUUGUCCCGAACUCGAUUCGGUUGUAAACCGAGUUGAUAGCGUAUAAAAGGUCAAGGUAACGGAAUACAAGUUAUAUUUCCGCAAUUUCACAACAAAAAUGUCAUUGUUUCCGCGCCGGAAGCAAUCCCUGUUUUGAUUUGAGGACAAUUUCGAGAUCGCGCCAAGGUUUUGCGACUUUUUUCGGGGUUCAAAUUCAUGUUGUUCAUGAAUUUUUUUCAUGAUAAGGGUAUCGUUUUGCUGUUUUUACGUAAAAUAAGCUUUUUUUGUUCGGGGUUCUACAUAAUUUCAGUCAUUUUUUUGUACUUUUAGCGUUCUUUUUAUUGUAAUUCGUAUCGGAAAGUGUUAUCGUGUUUAAAUUUAGAUAUAACUGAAUAUUUCACUAUUGUUAGUGCUAGCGGGCUAAAAUUAGGUUGGGACUAAUAUUAUUAAGCUUUUCUGCACCUAGCUUUAUUGUUAUUGCUGUCUUUGAUUUAAAAUUGAUGGUUGUAUUACCUAUUUUGGAAAGUUUUGCUGUAUUUUCAUGUAAAACUCUAAAAUUAGGUAACAACCAAACUUUUACAUAGGUUUAUUACAUUUUUAAUUAUGUAUAUUCGUUUUAUCGUCCUUUUAACUUCAUGUAUUUGAUGUUUCGUGUUUCAGGAGUAACAAGAUGGUCGAGAAUGUGAAACUGGCAGGGCAACCGGCUGCAAUCCAGAAUCAAGUAAUUGGACAGGAGGAGUUUGAACAAAUGGACUAUAUGUUCGAUGAGGAGCACAAAUACGAACAAGUUUACGAAAAGCUGAUCGAGGUAAGUCUAUUUUUUAAAUUUUUUAUUCAUUUUUAGUUCUUCUCGAGAAAAAUACCUUGCUUAUUAGUUUUGGUCUCUAAACGAAAACGUUUGAUUAGUUUUAUUGCUUUUUGGUUGAUAAAAUCUCGGAAAUUUAUAAUUUGAAACUAUUAAAGGUGUAAAUUUUUAUUAUUUUUAAAUUUUGUUACCUAAGUUUCACUGUUUUCAGAAGUAUAAUAAUGGCGGCUCUCAGAACGUCGACGUAUUGUGGCGCUUGGGACGCGUUCUCUACAUGAAGGCCUGUGAGGAUGGUAUCAAGCACUCAAAGGAGAAGGAGUUGCUCUUCGAAGCUCAGAAGUAUUGUUCAGCGGGACACGAGAUCAACCCGAAGGACUUCGAAUGCAUACGAUGGGCCGCCAUCGUGACUGGAGCUUUGUCGGAUCGUGGAAAACUCGGCAACCGAGAGAAGAUCCAGAUGGGCAACCAGUUCAAGGAGUACCUCGAAAAGGGAUUGGAGAUCGUGGAGGAUGAUCACAUCUUGGCCCACCUUUACGGACGUCUUUGCUUCUCAAUCGCCAACCUCAGCUGGGUGGAGAGGAAUCUGGCUUCAGUCUUGUACGGUAAACCACCAGAGGGCACGAUGCAAGACGCUUUGGAGAAGUUCAAGAAGGUGGAGGAGGUGAAGCCAGCUGAGUGGAUUGAAAACAUGCUCUACCUCGGGAAGACCCUGCUGGCAUUGGGUCAGAAGGAAGAGAUGGUCAAGGUGUUGAAGAGUGCCGACUCCGUGGAACCGAUUAAUCUAUUGGAAGAGAAUGCUAAGAAAGAGGUCCGGACGAUGUUGAAGAAGCACAACAAGUAAUCUCAGGUAUUGGCUCAUAUGUUUGUGUAUAUUAUCUGUAAAUUAUGUCGAUUGUACUAAUUAAAUACUGAUCUGUAGCUUUGGUAUUGUUUGUUAUACACAAAAACAUUUUUGAAUAUUUUAAAUGACUUUGGGAGUGUUUAUUUGAUUUUUUGGUCUUGUUUUUCUUUAGUAUUUUAACUUUGUUUCAAUGUAAAGUAGGAGUAUAACUAUAGGUAGGAAGGUAGAGCUGUAGUUUGUUGUUUUGACAUUGUAAGUAAGCAGUAGAGUUAUUUUUAGCAUUUAUCAGAUUAAACACAGUGUUAUUUACCGCGUGAUCUUGUGGAAGGCACGUAUGAUGGGCAUUUGCAUAGAGGAAUAAGAACGCGGUUAGUUUUAUAUUAUCUAUCUCAUGUGUUCGGAAAGGACUGUUUACCAACGGUUUUUUCAAACCAGUAGUGCAAGCUUGUAAGCAGCAAAAUACGUAUUUUACUUUUUUUGCUGGAUACUGUUGUUUUGUUUAUCUUAUCAGGAAAGUUUGAGUAGUAACUUUUAAAAAGACGUUUUCUUUAGACUGACAGUUUUUACAUAAAGUUUGAAGAAUAUAGGCAUUUUGUUGUUGGAUUGUUUAUCUUAACACCAAAGAACGUUACACGUGACUUCAGUUGCUUCUCGUAGUUUAUUUUAUCAGUAACAUUUGUUUUUGUCAUUUGCAGCAUUGAAUAUUAUCAUAUUCAUUACUUAAUCUUGUCAUUAUAACAGUUGAUGCUUUCAGAAUGGCUAGUUUAAGACCAAUUCUUUAUGGACGAUGGUCAAGUUCGUGCACGUGGCGUGUACAAAAUGCUCUUGAGUACAAAGGAAUACAGUACGAAGGUCGUCAUGUACACGUUGACCAACAGGUAAGAUUUAUAGAUCUUGUUAACCUUGUUAUAGGUACAACUUUUAUUCUUGAACUUUGUUUAACCAAGGGUAAUCAAAAUUUAACAAUUUUUGGUCUUUGAACUGCGUGGGGCAAUCUAAACUCUAUUUUUAAACGUUUAAGUUACAGUAUUUUGAAUAUUUUAGGUAUUUUACGUAGUUUAACCCUGUUUUUAUAAAGUAUCAGUUACAAAAGUAACGUCGGAUGACAAAAAAAACUUAACAAAACAAAAGGAGUUUGUUUUCAGAAAUCAGAGCAGUUUUUGCAUCUGAAUCCAUUAGGUCAGAUUCCGAUACUGGUGCACGGCAGACAGGUACUAACUGAGAGUAUGGGUAUCAUCGAGUUUCUGGAGGAAGAAUAUCCUAUGACGCCAACACUUCUGGGCGGAGAUUCGUAUCAACGUGCUACAAUCAGGGCACUCAGUUUGAUGGUAAGUCGUUUGAUGUUGACGAUUUUAGUUUCCUGGUCAAAAAGUAAAUAGAAAAAUGAAAAUGUUUGUGAAAAAUGAUAAAAGUGGCUAUAUAUUCAAUAGACUGGCGAUUCUACAGACUUUUUGACCAAAUUAGUGUCAACUAAAAGCAUUUUCAAGAGGUAUUUUGUCGUUAAUUAGCCUAUAGGUAGUGUUUCAACUUUAACGUUUAUAACUUUUCUCAACACAAGGUAUAUAAUCUGAAACCUAAGAGGGGAUGUUGAGGGUUUUGUGAAUCAUAUAGGUAGUGUAUAUAACAAAAACAAGGUACAAACUUAAUACGUGAGAAUACUUCAGAUUGUGUCCGCAAUUCAACCUCUACAGAAUAUUGGGACGUUGAGGUUUGUGAACGAGAACGGUAUGGAUCCCCAAAAGUUCGCGGACAAUUUUAUUCGAAAAGGUUUUAAAGCCUUGGAACAGAGAUUGGACCGUACUGCCGGAGAAUACUGUAUUGGAGACAGAAUCAGUUUGGUUGAUGUUUGUUUAGUGCCUCAGGUAUUCAAUGCCACAAAGUAGGUUUAUUUUAAAAUUAAUUCAAACUGUUCAAAUGAAGCUUUAACUUUUCAAAGCGCUUAUACUGUCUCGUCUAUUCUAUGGUCAAAGAUAAUAAUAUACUACAUUUACUCCUUUUUUGAAUAAGCACGACCUAAAUAUCAUAACUAGUCCUGGUUUUAUUAGUCCAGCUAACAAUUUCAGAAAGUACAACAUGGAUGUGAGUGAGUUCAAGUUGAUCGACCAGAUCAACAAAAACCUGUCGAAAGUGCCAUCGUUCCAAAGAGCUCAUGCCUUGGCCCAGCCAGAUGCUCCCGCCCAGGUCAAGGAGAGGGAACAGAGUCUGUGA